CAACCGUCGUUGCUGUCAAAGCACCUUUACAAAAGUUAAACAAUAAAGCAAAAACCCAAGCGGUGGACGCCAGCUUCUGCUAGCGGAGGAAUUUACGGGGAAUAUCUCUCCUGAAUCAAAUAGAUUCGCGAUUUUUUCUCUUUGACUACGAUGCGCACUGUUUGAGAGCAACAAAAAUGUAUAUUAAGUCUAUUAUAAUCGACGGGUUUAAGUCCUACGGCAGGCGAACGGAAGUGCACGGUUUCGAUCCAGAGUUUAACGCCAUCACCGGUCUGAAUGGAACUGGUAAAUCCAAUAUAUUGGACUCGAUUUGUUUCGUUUUGGGAAUAUCCAAUUUGGUUCAUGUCCGAGCGACAUCCCUCCAGGAGUUGGUUUACAAAAGUGGCCAAGCGGGUGUCACCAAGGCUACCGUUACGCUGGUGUUCGAUAACACCGACAAGGAGCAGUGUCCGCUAGGAUACGAGAAAUGCAACGAGAUCUCGAUUACGCGCCAGAUUGUCGUUGGCGGGAAGAACAAAUAUUUGAUCAACGGAAAAACGGUCCAGAAUAAAAAGGUCCAGGAUCUGUUCUGUUCGGUGCAGCUCAACGUGAACAACCCGAACUUCCUGAUCAUGCAGGGACGAAUCACAAAGGUGCUGAACAUGAAACCGCAGGAGAUUUUAUCGAUGAUUGAGGAAGCAGCCGGAACCAGUGUGUAUGAGGCUAAACGGGAACAUUCGAUUAAGUUGAUCGAGAAAAAGGAUGCCAAGUUGAAUGAACUUUACACGGUACUGCGAGAGGAAAUUGAACCGAAGCUGGAGAAACUGCGUAAGGAACGCGCUCACUACAUCGAAUAUCAAAAGAUCUGCAGGGACAUUGAGUAUCUGACCCGGUUGUACAUCUCACACAAGUACUUGCAGUUUGUGAAAUCGCUCGAGAACUCGGAGAAGAGCAUUGCGGCAUUGAACGACAUAAUUGAUAAGAAUCGGCAAAAAAUUGAAAGCCACGUUAGCGAAUGUAAAGAACUGGAAAGUAGCGCUAAAGCGCUGCAAGCAACAAUCGACUCGGAGGGAGGCGGCGUUUUGGCGGAGUUGGAAGCCGAGCUGAGUGCCGAGAGCAAAAAGGAAGCGACAGCUUCAGCGGAACGCAAUAGUACAAAGGAUAGUAUCGGGGUUGAGCAGCGCAAGCUCAAAAAUCUACAAAAAAGUAUUAAGGACGACGAAGCUGCGCUGGAUAAAAAGGAGGCGGAAAUGCAACGCACUGGAGAUAAGUUUCAAAGCAUUAAGGACGCAUGCGAAGCGGAUGCUAAAGCUUUCGAUGAUGCUCAAAAGCGUUUUGAGGCGGUAAGUGCAGGGCUAUCGACGAACGAGGAUGGUGAAGCCGCGACGUUACAGGAUCAGCUGAUGAGUGCCAAGCAGAAAGCAGCAGAGUCUGCAACGGCAAUCAAACAGAGUGAAAUGGAACAGAAACACUGUCAACAGUUGCUGAAAGAAAAGCAAGGCGAUAUGAACUCCAGUGACGCAGCCUAUUUGCAGGAUAAAAAACAGCUGACCAACAUCGAGAACCAAAUUCAGAAAAUGUCGGCUGAAUUGCAAAACAUCGAUUAUGAGGAAGGAACUAUUGAACAGCUGCAAGAGCGAAAACAGGUUCUGUCCCAGGAAAUACGUGGGCUUCGUGGGGAGUUGGAUCGCAAGAAUGCUUAUCGGUGGGAAUUUCAAUACCGUGAUCCAGAGCCAAAUUUUGACAGGUCAGCAGUCAAAGGAAUGGUCGCUAAGUUGGUGUCACUUCGAGAUAGGAAAUAUGCUCUGGCGUUAGGAACGGCUGCUGGUGGCAGUUUGUAUAGUGUUGUAGUCGAUUCAGAUACCACCGGUAAGAAGCUGCUGCAGAAGGGUCAAUUACAAAGUCGAACCACGAUGAUUCCGUUGAACAAAAUCUCCAGCCGAUCGAUCGAUCAGGGCACCGUCAGGGUAGCGGAUAAUUUGGUUGGAAAAGGUCGUGCCGUUACGUCGCUAUCAUGCAUCGACUAUGAUCGUAGUCUAGAGCCGGCAAUGAAAUUCGUUUUCGGACAUUCGUUUCUGGCGGAAGACAUGAAUGUGGCCAAGCAGGUAACCUACCAUCGACAGAUUAUGUGCCGCACGGUGACACUGGACGGCGAUGUGGUGGAUCCCAGUGGAACACUGUCUGGUGGUGCCAAACCGAAAGGAGGCACCGUGCUGCUAGAGGUGGAAGAGAUCAACAGAAUACAGCAAUUGCUGGCACAGAAAGAGGCAGAUUAUCAGCAAGUGUGCGCCGAAAUUAGUAAAAUGGAACGCACUGCCCAUCGUUACAACCAGCUGAAGGAACAGUUAGAUUUGCGCAACCACGAGCUUAAAACCAUCCAGCAACGUUUAGCCCAAACUACUUUCCAGCAAGCUCAGGAGGAGAUCGAAGAGCUUAAGCAAAAGAUCGAAACUUUAAAACAAACAAUGGUCGAAGCCCGGCAGGCGCAAACGCAGGCCAACGCCAAGGUAAAAGAUCUGACGGCAAAAAUUGCCGACAGCAAGGGUCAUCGCGAGCGGGAACUGAAAGCUGCCGAGGAUGACAUGAAGCGGUUCAAGAAGCAAAGUGAAGACAGUCGCAAAAACUGGAAGAAACACGAGCAAAGCUUUGAGACGUUGAAGCUGGAAAUCGAAGAGCUAAAGAAGGAGAUCGCUAAUGCGCGGGAACAAGCUAUCAAACUUGAGGAAAGUAUCGCGGCACUGCAGGAGAAACUGCAGACUGCCAGUGAGAACAGUGAACAAAUGACAGCUGCCGUUGCUGUCGUGAAGCAGAAAAUUAAAGCUCACAAGGAUAAAAUUAACAGUCAGAAUAAGGAGCUGAAGGUGAAAUACCAUCACAGGGAUAAGUUAAUGAAACAGAACGAGGAGCUGGAACUGGAUAUCAAAAAGAAGGAGAAUGAAAUCACGAAGGUGAAGAACGAGAAUAAGGAUGGUUAUGAUAAAAUAUCGGCCCUCGAGGAAAAGUAUCCAUGGAUUACGGAGGAUAAGGAGUUCUUCGGUGUUAAGAACACGAGGUACGACUACAAUAAGGAAGAUCCACAAGAGGCGGGUCGUAAGCUGCACAAACUACAAGACUCUAAGCAGAAAAUGAGCAGGAAUAUAAACCAGAAAGCAAUGAUGCUGCUGGAACGCGAAGAAGAACAAUAUAAAGAAGUGAUCCGCCGGAAGCAAGUAGUGGAGGAUGACAAAAAGAAGAUUCAGAAAAUUAUUACUGACUUGGACGAAGAGAAGAAGAAACAGCUGAAGGUAGCUUGGACGGAAGUGAACGAGAACUUUGGCAGUAUUUUCAGCACAUUACUGCCGGGAACGCAAGCACAGUUGGUGCCUCCAGAUGGGGUGAACUUUAUGAAGGGAUUGGAAGUAAAGGUGGGAUUUAACGGCAUGUGGAAGGAAUCACUGACGGAGUUGAGUGGAGGUCAACGCUCUUUGGUGGCUUUAUCGUUGAUUUUAGCUAUGCUGAAAUACAAACCAGCCCCGUUGUAUAUUCUCGAUGAGGUGGACGCUGCCUUGGAUUUGUCCCACACGCAAAACAUUGGUAACAUGUUGAAGAAACAUUUCACUAACUCACAGUUUGUUAUCGUAUCGUUGAAGGACGGUAUGUUCAACAACGCUAACGUAUUGUUUCGGACCAAAUUUGUGGAUGGAAUGUCCGCCGUUACUAGAACAGUGAACAUUGCGCAGCUGAAAAAGGCUGGCCGGUGAUUCAUGAUUUACUCGAAAAACGUACGUGGAAAGUUUUUAGAUAGUAUACAAAUGAGGAAUUCUGUGAACUCUUUUAAUAAAUUUAAAGCUAUCAAAGUU